GGGCACGCGACUGGCUCUUCAUGUCACCAUCCGUACACAUUCUUUACAGGCUCUUCAUCCUCAUGCCCCAACAGAUUCUCUACAUGUGCGCACAGCACCCAUUGUCCCGACUCGAUUCUACGACGGAGCUCAAGCCUCUAACCAGGCUUCAUUAGUCUCAUCGUCUCCAAAUGCUCUAUAUAUAGCUACCCCUCCAAACAUCCCCGCACCGAACGGACAACAACAAUGUCGCUUCAGAUCGUUCACCUGCCGAACGGCCAGAACCUGCAAGUGAGUCCGGUGUUUGGAGGACUGUUCUUCAAGUCAAGCGAGCUGAGCCAUACGCAUUCGCCAUUCCCUGCCGGCUGGACCAUCGUACUCAACUCCGAAGAUGGCGACGAGGACGAGGAUAUGGAAGAUACUGCUGCGUCUGAGCAGAUGACAGACCAAGAGACGAGAAACAAGAGGAUACAUCGCUUCCGGAGACCUACGCUCCGUAAUGACCACCUCUACAUCUCGUCGAUCUCCAAUUCGAACAGCAAUGACUUUAAGCCUGCUGGUUCGCCGACACGACAGAUCGCCAUGAUGCUAUGGGCCACCUUGUGGUGGUACUUCCACCAGCCUGAGCCGGACACACGUAUUACCACGAAGCAGUCGAUGUAUACGGCUGAGGAGGGCAAACCACGCGGGGACUGGAGGAUCAAUAUCAACCGUGAGGGGAUAUUCAAGGGCAAAGUUCUCCUGCCAAAGCUAGAAAGGAUGGGUCUCAUAGCCAGUGAAGACUCUACCGUUGGACUAGACCAGGGAGACAAAGUAGGAGAGGGAUGGCUACACAUGUUCGUCAGCCGGCGGACUUUCUGGCAACUCGAUCCACGCCUCUACCUUUACACCUCAAUCGCCCUCGCCCACUCUCCAUAUCUCACGGGCUCGCCAUACACCUCCCGCCCUAGCUCUCCAAGCAAUGACCCCAAACACGACUCUCCAGACCCCCAACCGCCCACAUCAUCCGGCCUGUGGUCUUCCUCCGUCCAAGGCCCCUUUCACUCUACCUCCCACCUUCCCACAUACUUCCCACCACCUCCCCAGCAAUACACCUUCACAAACCACGUUCGCCACCCAAUCCGUCCCAAACCCCCGCGCCAGGGAGAAGUCUUCUACACCCGCUACAUUCCCUCUCUCGGCCAGUACCUCUCCUUCCGCGUCGCCUCCCUAAGCCCGAAAGCACCGCCUCACCGCGGACCCAGCGCAGCGACACCACCCUCCGUCGCCCAAUUCCGCCACUCGCAGCUCGACUGGCCACCGACAUCCGGUCCCGCGCCCCAAGGCCCGUCCGACCUCGAUCUCCUGCACAAAUGGAUGAACGAGCCCCGCGUAUCCGCAGCAUGGGGCGAGGCCGGCCCGCGGGCACGACAGGAGGCGUUUCUCAAGGCAAGCCUCUCGUCGCGGCAUUCGUUCCCGGUCAUUGGCUGCUGGGACGGGCGGCCGUUUGGCUACUUUGAGCUGUACUGGGCAAAGGAGGACAUGCUGGGGCGGUACGUGGACGGGAUCGGACAUUUCGACCGCGGCAUACACUGUCUUGUGGGCGAGGAUGAGUUUAGGGGGCCGGCGCGGGUGCGUGCCUGGUUGAGUGCGCUGGUGCACUAUUUCUGGCUAGUGGAUGGGCGGACGGACUGUGUGAUUAUGGAGCCGAGGGUGGACAAUGUAAAGUUGACGCAGUAUUGCUUCGAAGCCGGGUUUUACAAGGAGCGCGAGAUUGCCUUUCCGCAUAAGCAGGCGAGUCUGCUGAAGAUUAGGAGGGAUGCCUGGGAGGCGCCGGUGAUAUGAGGCCGAUGGUUGAAUUGGACUGUGGAAAGACGGCGUGCGUGCGUGCGUGCGUGCGUGCUUGCUAUGAUGGAGCGUUGUCCAGGGGUGUGUGUGCUCAUUCAUUUUUCUGGGGGUCAGGUUUGGGCAUGUAUAGAAGAUACCACCACCAACAGUCGCCCUCGUUCCAAGACAUUAACGUAGCAUUCGUUUCUAGCUGAUUACAUUACUGUCAUGUCGUAGGGCUCGGGACAUGUUUACUCUUGUCACCCAUAUUACUCAUAAAUAUAUCCCGGGGCAGAGUCAAAAGGCUCGGAGCCACCCCA